CUCGAAGAGCUCAUCGCGGCGACCGAGGGUUUUGCCGAGGCGCGCAAGGUGGGCGAGGGAGGCUUUGGGCGCGUCUACCGCUGCGACGCGUUGCCGUCGCUCCCGCGCGUCGCUUGCGGGUUCGCUGUCAAGACGGCGCUGGUCGGUGUCGGCGCCCAAGGCCUCGCCGAGCUGCAGAGCGAGGUGCGCACACUCAGCGCGGCGUCCCACCCGUCCCUCCUCCCUCUCCUCGGCGUCUGCUUGGCACCGGCGAGAGCGUGCCUCGUCUACCCCCUCUGCCGCGGCGGCAGCCUCGAGGAUCGCCUCUACCGCACGCCAGCCGCGCUGCAGCGUCUCCGCAUGCUCGGCUUCGAGACGCCGCCUCCGCCGCUCUCCUCCGCCGCACGGCUCCGCGUGUUGCGCGACGCAGCGAGCGCGCUGCACUACUUGCACAGCUGCUCUCCGAUGAUCCUGCACCGCGACGUCUCGGCGGGCAACAUCCUGCUCGACGAGCGCGGCAACGGAUACCUCGCCGACGUGGGCCUCGCGCGCGCGGCAGAGGCGACGCCCGGCAGCAAUGCACAGGUCUCGCACCUGUCGACGCAGCGUAUCUUUGGGAAGCCCGGCUACAUGGACUCGAUCAUCAUGCACGACAACCAGGCUUCGCAGCUCACUGAUGGCUUUGCGCUCGGCAUCACGCUGCUCGUCAGCCUGACUGGCCGCGGUGCCGUCGGCUUGCUCAACGCG